CCGACAAGCUCCUUUGCGAAACAGAGAGAGAGACAGAGAGAGAGAGAGAGAGAGAGAGAGAGAAAAGGAGAAGAGUCAAACUUUUGAAAAUCCCGGCCGCUCCAGUUUUUCCAAAUUCCUCAUCGCCCAAAUCCCCGCAAAUAUAUAAGACCCACCUCCGGAAUUCCUUCCUUCUUCAACACCCAGAUCCCAGUUUCUGCGCUUUCUUCCCCCAAUCUCUGCUCUGCCAUCGCCAUCGCCAUCGCCAUCGCCACCGCCACCGUCCUUCCUUGUUCCUCUCUCUCAUGGCAUGCCUCGGCCGUGGCCUGUAGAAAGAGGAGCAGUGUCUAUUCAGACGCGUCUCUGUUCAGUCAAUCUGGUCUCUUCUCGUAGCUGUUGUCCCGAUCUAUUCAUUCGAAGAAGCGACUUCGCUAAUUGUAGUACCUCCUUGUGUUCAAAUUGUGUAGUUUUCCCAUUCCCUGAGUUUCUGCUACGUUUUGAGGGUGUAUGGUGCACCGUUUCCCCCUGAAAUCCCCUGUUCCUUUCUCGAUCUUUCGACCCCUUUUUCUCUUGCCGUUUCCCCUCCCGUCUCCCGCUGCGAAUUUUCUCUGCUUUGUUCGCCCCCCUUUGAGCUCCCCCGUCUGGAUUUCUCCCGCGGAAUCUGAUGAUGGGUAUCCAGAGAGACAGGGUAAGAUUCAAUGUAGGCGGCAGGACAUUCGAGACGACCUCCACGACCCUCGCCAACGCCGGCCGCAAUUCCUUCUUCGGCGCGCUCUUCGAUGGAAACUGGAACUUGCAACCCAUGAAUUCGAACUCCGACCUCUUCAUCGAUAGGAACCCGGAUUGCUUUGCCGUCCUCCUCGAUCUUCUCCGCACCGGAGAGCUUUACAUCCCUCCAACUGUGCCAGAGAAAUUGCUGUGCAGGGAAGCGCAGUUUUACGGAGUUCUCGAUCAUGUCCGUGCGGCGAAGUGGGGCCAAUUCGAUGGGAAUCGGCUGCGGCUCUCGAGGUCAAUCACGGGCCCAGCGCCGGGAGAUGGGACGGCGAUAAGGGCGGGGCCCAACGGCGGUUGCUGCGUGGCUCAUGGUAGCAUGGUACAUGUUUAUGAUUGGAUGAUGGAAGAGCACCCGCCGAUCAAUCUUGAUUACCAGAGGGUUAACGAUGCCGGUUGGAUUGAUUCGGAGAGCCUAGUGAUCAGUGCUUGCGAGCGUUUGGGAACUGGGGAUGGAGGGAUGGGCUUGUUUAGCUCGUCCACAGGUGAAUUGAGGUACAAGUUUCAGGUGAGCCAUGAUAAUCAGAUCAAGAGCUACACUGCUGGAGCUUUGACCUUUAGCUCAGAUUACAAGAUCUUCUCGAGCUGCAAAGGGAGGAGCAAUGAGUACGGUGUGGGUGUUUGGGACCAGAUCACAGGGAAACAGAUUGAUUUCUUCUAUGAAUCGCCCGGUUGGUCGCUUGGGGAUGCUGAUAAGCUGCAAUGGCUAAAUGGGUACAACUGUUUGUUAGUUGCUACGCUGUUUCCUCGAAAGGAUAACUGUUACAUCAGUUUGUUGGACUUUAGGGAGAAGAACAUGGUGUGGUCUUGGUCGGAUAUUGGCGCGCCGAUAACCUUUGACGAGAAGCGAGUUAGGGAUGCGAUUGCGAUGGAGGGGAGCAAUUCGAUUUGCGUGGUGAACGAGUAUGAGGACCUAGGAUUUAUGGACUUGAGGAGUGCGGCCGGGAGUGUGAGGUGGAGCUCAAGAAGCCGGCUCAUGAACGGGAAGAUGUCGGAUGAGCCAUGUUACCCCAAAUUGGCAUUGCACGACGGGCAGUUAUUUUCGUCCAUGAGUGAUUGCAUUUCGGUUUUCAGCGGCCCUGACUGGGUUCUCACUUCGAGGCUUCGGAGAGGUCAGGGAGGUUCCAUUUGUGAUUUUUCGAUCGGCGGAGAUCGGCUCUUCGCAUUACAUAGCGAGGAGAAUGUGUUCGAUAUAUGGGAGACUCCGCCUACAUCAGUUCUAUGAUAUACAUUAUACAGAGUCAGUCAUGGUGGUGUUUUGUUUUGGGGUCGGUUCCAUCUGUGAUGAUUAUAAGUUUCUUCUGCUCUAGAUCAUAGAAAAGGAUUUGCAGUUUUUUUCCCCCUAGGUUAGAGGAUAGUCAAUUUUCUUCAUAAAUUUGAAGUUUGAUCCUUUUUUCCCCUUUCCUUUUUGGGUUUAACAGUUUUUGUAUGAGAUUGAUACCUAACAGCUACAUAACCAGAUAUAUCUGGAUUGAGUUUGUACAGAACAUUGCCUAUUGGCAGAGUGAAUUAAAGUUGUUUGCCCAUUUCUGGGCUUAUGCAUA